CGAUGCUCCAUUGAUAUGGUGAUAUUUAAUGGAUUCUACGUUACCUUUUAAUCAUUAAGGUGUGAUAAUCAGAAAUCUGUGUCAUCACAUAAAUAGUUAUCUUUUCUAUUACUAUAUACUAAGAAAUAUCAUCAUGAAUAAUACUCUUGACACACUAAAUAUAUCGCGAGACGAAGAGUCCAACGUUGAAAAUAAAAACAUUUCUCAAAAUGCAUCAAGUUCUGUUGAAUCGCUGCAGCUACAAAACGAAAAUAAAACAGUAGAUUCUGACGAAACCCUUGCACAAUUAGUCGCAAUGGGAUUUGAACUCUCCAAUGUUCAAAUUGCUAUGGAUGAAAAUAAAGAUCGUGAGUUUGAUGCUAUUCUUCAAUGGUUAUUACAAAAACAGAGUAGUAUAAGUUCACAAAAUGAAGAUAAAGAGAUCUGCGAAAAAAUAAAAGCUCCUUUUAAACCUGUGGAAACAAUGAAUUCCACAUCAAAAAUAAAACUUGCUCCAUAUCGUCGCCCAAUUUCCGCGGCUAGCGCUACGACACCGAAGAAAGGAAUUUUAAAACCUCCACCACCACUAAACACACAUUCACUAUGGAAACGUGAUUGGCUAUCUACUCUUAAUAUUCGUCUUCAAAACGUAGCUUCUGCAACAGUAGCUCCCAAUUCUACCGCUUCAUUUUUUGCUAGUGCAUUAAAAAGACUGAAUUCAUCUACCACAUUUUCAAGUGCUGCUCAACAGGAGGAACAACAACAGCAGCAACAAAUUCUUAAGCAGGAUCAAAGGGAGUCGCAAGUACUUCAUACAAAUGCAACGGCUCCAGCAGAUCAAAUUUCUCAAUCUAUCUCGCAAAAUUUCCCUCCGUCGCCAACUCUUACUCCUAAAGCUCUUAAGAGAGUUCGUUUCUCUGUAGCUAAAUUAACGGAUGAAUAUCCACAUUCCCCGAUUCCUGGUGAGAGUGAUAAUAGUGAUUGGGAAGAUGAAUACGAUUUUCGAGAAUGGAAUGAAAAACAGAAAUGGAAAGUUCAAGCGCAACCCGAGGCUGAACAAAAAAGUAGUUACACUCCUAAAGAAAUGAUGCAAUUUUAUUUGACUGCUUGCAAAAACAGAGAGGAAUUUCCUGUUGAUCGUUUGGUUGAUAUUUUUAGAAAAGCAAGUCAACCAGGAGGUUCUUUAAAUGUAAUUGACUUAACUGGUGACAUUAUUGACAGGAAAAUUGCCGAGCCUAUAGCGGACAUUCUCACUCUUGAGUUUGGACUGAGAAAGUUGAUAAUGGAAAGAUGCGAGAUUGAAGACGAUACAAUGAAAAUUAUAUGCCACAGUCUGCUUGUGAAUGAUACACUUCCGUAUCUUAUCUUGCGUAAUAAUAAGAGGCUUAGAUCAAAUGGAUUUAAUUAUAUAGCGGUUUACAUCAGAAAGUCCACGACUUUGACAUAUCUUGACCUUUCCGGUAUUAAUAUAGAUAAAAAGUCUGCUACAUUUCUUGCACAGGCAUUGAUACAAGGAACUAAUAAAUUGGGAGCUGUAUUAGAGACUUUGAAAUUAGAUGAUUGCGGAUUAAAGAAUAAUGUGUUGGAAGUUUUAGGUCCUAGUAUACGACGUUCCAAUUUACGUAAUUUAUCACUUCGCUUCAAUCGUAUCAAUCAUGUUGGUGCAAUUUGGGUUGGGGUAAUGUUACGAGAUUAUGAUGAUUCGAACUGCUGUUCGAGUAAUACACAACUUAGUCCUCCUUUUAAUGAACAAGAAAUAGCUAGAGCAGAAAAGUUGCAAAGAAGGCAUGGACUAGAAGUUUUAGAUGCUUCCGGAAAUGAUUUAAGAAGCGGUAUUCAAUAUAUUGCGCAGGCUUUGCAUCGUAAUCAAAGUUUGAAAGAACUUCGUAUACAAGACAAUCGUAUAGAUUCUAAGGGAUUGGUUUUUUUGAUGGAUAGUUUAAAAUAUAACCAUACUUUGGAAUUGUUUGAUAUAAGUAAGAAUCCUGUUGGUGGGCCUUCAUCUGAAGGAAUUAUUGCACUUCGAAAUGACUUACCAUUAAAUACCACACUUAAAGGAUUAUUCUUAUCUAAUACGAAUUUAUCAUCUGAAGGCGCAAUAGCGAUUGCUGAAUAUCUUCCCGAAACUAAUUCGUUAAUUCAUUUGGAUUUGACAACAAAUCAAGAUAUUGAUAUUGCUGGAGUUAUGGCUUUAGCCGUAUCAAUUAAAAUGAACCAUAGUGUUUGUGUCUUGGAUGUUAAUGUACAACCAAAUAAUGAUGAAAUGGCAUGUUUUUCUCGAGAUAUUCUUCGUGCAUGUGUGAGGAAUACCGAAUUGUCCCAAAAGAGUGAUUUGGAAAAUGAUUUUUUAUUAACUGAAUUUGAAACAAAAUCAUCUGGAUUUUUAGAUUUUAAUGGAUCCUCAGAAUUUGGUUUAGGAAUUUAUGUAAAGGACCUAAAAAAAAAUAUAAGAGUUGCUAAGGAAAGUCUAAAAAUGUUUGAAAAAAUGUUGGCAAGUGAUUCUGAAAGAUCAUUUACUGAAAAAGUAAUACCUAAUGAAGUAAUUAAUCAACUAUAUGUUCAAUGUAAAAAUAUUCAAGAAAAAAUAAUGCCAUAUAUUACUGCUAUUACGAAUGAAAAGUUAUUAGAGGAACUUUUAAUAUUAAAUGAUGAUUUAUCAAAUGCAUUACAAAAAUAUGAAAAAAUUUAUAACAAUGAAAUUGAAGUUAAAAUAGUAAAAAAUACUACAGAACUAAAUAAGUAUAUUGAUAAUCCAAAUAUCAAUAAUAUAGUUCCAAUUACUUCUAUUGAAAGUACUUUAUCAAAAAAAAUUCCAUCAUCAUUGCAAAAUGAAUCAUCCUUUUCAUCUAAUAUUGAAAUAUCAUAUAAUCCUGAAAAUUUACAAAUUGAAAAAAGAUAAUGUAUUCAAACAACAUAAUGAGAAAACUGAAUUUAAUCUUUAAAUUAAAUUAUAUAAUUAUAUAAUUAAUAAUAAUAUUGUAUAUUAAUAAUGAAUUGUUAUUUUUUUUUAUAAUGA